CUAGAACGAGUCUUUCAUCUCUCGAAGCCUCUUCAUUACAAACACAUCGCGGCUCUCAUCUGCACCCCCCCACAUGGCCACACACGCGUCCAUGCCCUCCCUCCCUCUCCCUGCCUGUGCAGCAAGCAUACCUGCCGUCAUGUCUUGAGCCCGCGCCGCCUGUAUGAGCGCCGGCUGGUCGACGCGCAUAAACGGAUUGGUGGACAGCUCCUGCACGAUGCACAAAGACGGAUACAUUCAAUGAUAUACGAGUUGUGCUGGGAGUGCGCGUGUGUGUCGGUGGGCAUUCAACGCGACACGUGCCUGUUGAAUGGUGCUGGGCACGGUGUAGGCGCCCUUCUUGAGUGUGUCGUCAACCCACUGCGCGAGGGACUGCAGAGAUGCGUUGGCGGGGUCGACUGACAGCGCGAACCUGCACACACACACUUGGUGGUGUGACCAUUCGCUCAUUCAUGUGGUGACUGAUGGAUGAGCUCACUUGACGUUGUUUCGCGUGUACUCGUGCCUGUGGGAGGGACACACACGACACAGACGGAAAGACACACGUGCGUGUGCAUGUGUGUGUGAGUUUCACCCGCAGUAUAAUUUGGUCUCUGGCGGGAGGCUGCCGAUGACGCCCUUGAGCGCACGGAACAUCUCACUCGCCUCACCCUGCACACACACACACACACACACACACGUCCACAGACAGAGAGAUAGACAUCCACACGUCAUAGCCCACCUCAAAGAAGCGCCCGCAGCCACAGACGAACAGCGUGUCACCUUCAGUGAACGCGAAACAUGCACACGAGCCAACAUGCGCUCACAUACUAUGUAACGCACCCACCUGUGAAGAGUAUGGGCGUCUCGUUGCUGUCUCUUUUGGUCACGUAGAAGAGAAUGUGGCCUCGUGUGUGGCACGGCGUGUGCAGCGCCUUGAUCGUCAGCGAGCCUGCUCGGAUGCACAUGAAUGCAUACACCUGCUGUAUACAUGUACGUACAUAUACGUAUACGUACGUACGUACGUAUAUGUGUGUGCACAUAUUCCACCUACCUACCCAUUUGAUGUGUGUCGCCGUCCUUCAUGGUCUUGGUGACGGCCGGGAUGUCCUCAUAAGCCGUGCUGAUCACCUGCACACACAACACGUAUAAUGAGCACAGGUUCGUACGUACACACACAACAUACACAUGCAUACGUACAGUACACGCACAGCAAGGAACACACGAGCACAUGUGCAUGGUCACCCACCUCAAUGCCGGGCACGAGAGAUGCCAUCUCUUUGUUGCCCCCUGAUCGAUAAAUGGAUGGAUGGAUGGAUGAAACACUCAUACAUGUAUGGGUGGCCUACGCACCGCUGUGGUCCCAGUGUUUGUGUGUGCACAGGAGUGUGUCGAUGGUGGCGCCAGCAUCCGCCGCUGCUGACAGCAGUUUCUUCGGCUCCACCGGAUCCACACAAGCCGCCCGCUUCGUCUCUCUGCACAGACAGUCACACAGAAGUGCGCAUGUGUGUGCCUGACUGCCUGAUGACUGACCUGUCCACGAGCAGAUAGCCGUAGUUGUUGCUCGUGCCCGUCAGCAGGGGCACCGGAAUGACGUCUGCGCACGCCUGCUCGUUCAGGUCAGACAUAACAGCUCUCCUCUCUGUGUUUCUUUACUCAUCCAUCCGUCCAUCCAUCCAUCCGUCCGUACCUGUGCGCUGGCCUGCGCCGCUGCAGUAGCCAUACACCUGCUCACAGGGCGCCUCUGACACACAUCAAACACACACAAAUGAAUGACCCAGGCUGCCGUGCAGUGCUUUGCCCAGAUCUGUGAUGAAUCGCUCACCUGCAGCAGAGAUCCUUUGACGUGCACAAACGCGCAGGCAGACAGUAGCCGCGUUGCUAUCACCAUUACACAGAAGAGAUGAAGCAUUG